AACGACGAUGGCGUCUGAUCAGAAACCAGCAUUUGCCUACACGGUGGUGUACGUGAAAGACGUGGCCAAAUCUGUUGAUUUCUACGCAAAAGCAUUCGGAUACAAUGUUCGUCGCUUAGACGAGUCCCACAGGUGGGGAGAGCUGGAGAGUGGGCAGACCACCAUAGCUUUCACGCCGUUGCACCAACAUGAGACCGAUGACCUAACCGGUGUCGUUCAAGGUCCUCGGUCAAGUCGCGAGCGGCCACAAAUGGAGGUAUGCUUUUGUUACACGGACGUCGAUGCCGCCUACAAGAGAGCGGUGGAGAAGGGAGCAGUGCCGGUGAGCGAGCCAGAGAACAAGGAAUGGGGACAGAAAGUGGGAUACGUGCGUUAUAUUGAUGGCAUCGUUGUGCGGAUGGGAAGCCAUGCCCACCCACCUAAGCAUGAGUGAGUCAGCUUGGGCCGAGUCAUGAUAUGUAUUGCUAUUACAUAUAUAGAUACAUAGUACGUGAAAAUAAAACUUUGGAAGUAAAGAAGAGAACUGUACUACCGUCGAUUUGUGAAUAAAAAUGUUAUAUUAUGUCAGGAUGGGAAACAACUUGUG